AUGAUUUACGAGUUUUCUGGUCUGAGAGCGAGAACUGAGCGAGCGACUUCGAAACGAGGCGUUGGUACACACGACCAAACCAUCGUCGACGAUAAUCACCUGGCAAACCUAACUUUGUUCGCUUUCAGCGGCCCUCUGCAUGGACUCGAUGACAGAGCCGCAAUUUUCACCCUAUCCAACAAGGUGACAAAUUCUGUUGACGGAAAACGGUUGUUUUGCUCAAGUUGUCCUGAAAGGCAGCGGCUGCUGUUGUGUCUGCCGAAAAUUGACAUGUCGCAAAGGAUUACCACGCAUCUUGGAAAACACAAAAUCAGCACUCCGCGGAACAUCCAGAUAUUCUCCAGUGGUCGUUACUCUCUUCACCUUCAAUGGGACGUGCCCGAGUGCGGUAACAUUGUCCAAUACGAGUACGUGCUGAACGGUCAGGACGAAUGGGCUCAGUUCGACGUGCAUCGUGGAGUAGCGUCAACCGAGCAGAUCACCGUCCAGAACCUGCUGCCGGGCACCAGGUACAUUGUGGUGGUUCGGGGCGUCGACAAGUCCGGUCGGAAAGGGCCGUGGCUAGAGGAAACAAUCGAAGCGACCACCGACGGCAAAGCUCCCACAGUGUCGCAGGAUAUCCAGGUCGUCUUCAAGUCUGACUCGGAAAUGCGUAUCAAGUGGAAACCCGUUCUUCAUUAUCCGGUGCAACAUUACGAGGUGCUGCUGUCGGAGCAGACGAAUCAAUUCGAAGCGCUGCACGUGCUUCGUGCUCAAGUACCUGCCGACGAGAACAGUUUCCUGUUCAGAGACUUGAAGGCGAUGACGUCGUACAAUAUAGGCGUGAUCGCCUUUGUGAACCACGAGCCGCGGGUCAUCUACCACAUUUCGCCUGAAACAUCUGGUCGUCGAGUCCAGCACUGGCGACUGCCGGCGAACGCCUAUGCGAGGGAGGUCGGCAAGUUCAGCGUGCACUGGUCGAAACCGGCUGACCUGAUCAACCAAAAUAUCAAAGGAUUUUAUAUCGAGUAUCGUCUGAAGAACGAAACCGGGUAG